UCCUCCUCUGCUCUGUUUGGCUGCUGGCUGGAGGUUGAUGUCGCUGGCAGAGUGUUCAGGACAGGACCCAACUAGGUAGAGCUGGUCAAAGAGGAAGAAAAGGGAAAAAGUAGGGGAUGUUGCAUUUAGGAUCCUGUUUAUGGACACUGCAGGCAGGCUGCUGCUAACAGUCCGGUGGCCUUGUAGGUGCUGUCAAGCUGAAAGGUUAAGGUAGUCUCAGAUCCGCAGUAGUAUUUUUAGAUCUCUUCUUUGAGGUACACAAAAAAUGUCGUCUCCAAGUCCAGGCAAGAGGCGAAUGGACACCGACGUGGUAAAACUCAUUGAGAGUAAACAUGAGGUCACAAUCCUGAGUGGACUGAAUGAGUUUGUGGUCAAAUUCCAUGGGCCACCUGGAACGCCGUAUGAAGGAGGCGUAUGGAAGGUUCGGGUGGAUCUACCAGAUAAAUACCCUUUUAAAUCCCCAUCAAUAGGUUUCAUGAACAAAAUCUUUCACCCCAACAUUGAUGAAGCAUCAGGAACAGUGUGUUUAGAUGUCAUCAACCAGACAUGGACGGCUCUUUAUGACCUCACCAACAUCUUUGAGUCCUUCCUCCCUCAGCUGCUCGCCUACCCCAACCCCAUCGAUCCUCUGAAUGGGGAUGCCGCCGCCAUGUACCUGCACCGGCCAGAGGACUACAAACACAAGAUUAAAGAAUACAUCCAGAAAUACGCCACAGAGGAGGCUCUAAAGGAGCAGGAGGAGGGCGGAGGGGACUCGUCCUCCGAGAGCUCCAUGUCAGACUUUUCUGAGGACGAGGCUCAGGAUAUGGAGUUGUAGUGAAGGCGAAGGCGUCCUUCAUCUUUCAACAGACUAUCAUUUCCUAAAGAGCAGAAACUCAGUACUAUAUUCGUAUUUAAACAAACAGGACACAUUUUUUUACGGUAACACAAGGAUUUUUAUUGCCACACAAGGUUUUGCAGUAUGGAAAAAACAAAACAAAAACCAAACUCCUCACCAUCAUCUCCGUGCUCUUCCUCUUCGUCUUCAUUCAGAGAGAUCAGAGUGAGGUGCUGUUUGAUCUUCAGCUCUUCUUGGUGAUCUCAAACCCAGAUUUUCGCUAUGCAUUGUAAAACCGACACAGGAUGAUGCUCACCAACGCAUUUUUACCACAUUUUUUUAUGUUGCCGCCUUUUCGUCUCUUCAAGGCAGAGUUUGAGGAUUGAAGAAAUAAAAAAACGAGAA